AUGGGGAGUCGCGUUACAGUGCUACAUAUAAUAAUGGCCGAGAGGGCAUCCACACAGUCGCAUGCCUUGCCAACGUCAACUCAAGCAGAUCCGUCGUUGGCGGCCUCCACGUUCAAGUUCCUUGUGACUUCUGACAAUCAUCUCGGAUAUCAGGAACGUGAUUCGAGACGUGGGGAUGAUAGUUUCACAACAUUCGAAGAGUGCCUGCGCGCAGCCCGACUUGAACAUGAAGUUGACGCCAUUCUGCUGGCUGGAGAUUUCUUCCAUGAUAACAAACCGAGCCUCGGUUGCCUGGCUCGCACAUCAUCCCUUCUGCGGUCAUAUGUGUUAGGUGACAAACCCAUUUCCUUUACACUGUUGAGUGAUCCCAAGCGCAACUUUCCAACACAUCCAGUGCCUUUGGCGAACUUCCAGGACCCGAACAUCAAUGUAGCGUUGCCAAUUUUUAUGAUACAUGGAAACCAUGAUGAUCCGGUUGGAGGUACAUCGUCCAUUGAUAUUCUGUCCACCGCUGGACUUGUGAACUACUUCGGGCAUACAUCUUCGUUGGAUGAUAUUGUUGUGGAACCUGUGCUGCUGAAAAAGGGUGAUACGUAUAUCGCCUUGUAUGGUCUUGGGAAUGUCCGUGAUGAUCGAUUGCAUCGGUGCUUUCGUAUGAAGAAGUUGCACUUUGUGCAACCCAAGACUGAACCAGGAAAAGAUUGGUUUAAAAUUCUGCUUUUUCAUCAAAACCGAGGGGUUCGCAGUGGUGGAAAUAUGAAGUGUGGCAUUUACGAAACAAUGCUCGCCGGUCAUGGGAUGGAUCUUGUCAUUUGGGGAAAUGAACAUGAGCAACAAAUGGAACCCUCUCCAUCUGAGGGGUUUGACAUCAUUCAGCCGGGUAGUACAAUCCUAACAUCAUUAUCUGAGCACGAGUGCAACCCCAAAAAAUACGGAGUGCUGGAGGUGCGAGGAGGGUCCUAUCGAGUCACAGGAUUUCCCCUUCGCAGUAUUCGUCCUGUCGUCCGGCGAACAGUUGAAUUGUGGAGGGAUAAUCCCGGCUGUCGGACCCUUGACGCGGUGGAGGACUUCCUUCGGAGUGUAGUGGAGCAAAUGAUUGAAGAGGCUGAAGAGCAGGUGAGCCGCAUUCCGGAUGAUGUUCUUAAGUUCCACCCCAACAUCAAGUUCCCAAUUAUGAGGCUGGCAGUGGAUUUCACAGAUCCGGACUCCACGACCUUCCCUCAACCGAACAUCAAUCGUUUUGGGCAACAAUAUAUGGACAUUGUUGUGAACCCAAGUGAGCUCCUCCGUCCCAUUAAACCCAAGCAGGUGCCUCGCGUCGCUUCUUCCGCAUCAGCGACAGGUGGUGAGGCCCCCGUAGUGCCGGUUCCACGACUUAACACCUCCGACAUACGCACCAAAGUUGCCGAGGUGUUCAAUGCUAAUGCGCGUGAUGCAUGUUCGUUGCUGUCGGAAUCCGAAGUGUCGGCAGCGGUGUAUGCCUUCGCUGAGAAAGGUGAGCGCGACGCUAUAGACGAGCGCAUCUGCGAACUGUUGAGUAAAUGCCAAAAGUCGGUUUGGGUGUCGAUGCGCAGGGGUGAGUCGGAAUCUAUAUUGAAACCCGAAAGCAUCUAUGAGGAGGUUGUCCGCCACAAGAAGGAGGCAAACAAGCGCUACGAGGAACUUUCUCGCGCAGCAGAAGAGGCGUUGCAGCGGUCCACUCAAGGAAACGAACUGACCGAGCGGCUUCGGGCCGACACUGAGUUAGCUGCUUCGAUGGAUAGUGGUAAUUUUCCCCGUGUAGGGGGUGAAUUAGCGGAUGGUGCCGCAUUGGGGCUUUUAUCCGCCACGGCGCCCCGGCGGGCUGGAGGAAGUGGAGCCACAAAUAACGGGGAGGGCGCUAAUGACGCGCUUUCCCAAGUAGGGUUUACUUUUCCAGAUUUCAGUAACUCUUUAUCCCCACCAGAUGCAUCUGGUGGGGCCGCCACUCGUGGGAAGCGAUCACGGGAUGAGCUGAAUGUGUUUGAUGUUGCUACUGAGCGCGACACCAACGAGGUAAACUCACACCCGAAUGCUUCAACCGUGAAGGGUGGAGGAAAGGCUGUGAAAUCUGAGACAUCAGCACCCAAACCAGCGAGAGGUCGGAAGCCGAAGCGACCUGUUGAUGGUGGUGUCAGCGGUUUGCCUCUUUUUCCAUCACUUGAACUGACACGUGACCCGGUUCCAGAUGAAAACUUCUUACUACCUCCUGUUGUAGGGGGUGGAGUAAAGGGUGCUUCUACAAGUAGUUCUGGCAUGCCAGAUAACUAUUAG